GUGCUCAUUAUCGUGGGAAUCAUUAGUGUUUCCAUUGGUGUUCUUGGUUGCUGCGGGACUGUCAAGGAAAACAAAUAUCUGCUUAUCAUUUACGUGACGUUGCUGGUGUUAAUAACGCUAGCAAUGCUAAUGAUGUCAGUUGCGCAGCUCGUCGAAAGCAAGCACGCCCAGUUGACUGUACCGGUAGUGUUGCAGCUGCGAUACCUGCAGAAUGAGAACAACUUCCACGAGGACUUUGAAGAGAAGUACCAAUGUUGCGGCUUGGAUGGACCUAACUGGUACGCAGAAGAGAAGUUGCCUUCUUCGUGUUGCGUAAAGACGAUAUCAGAAUGUACCGUGGUCAAUGCUUUCGCGGGUUGCAUGGACGUGGUUACCAAUGACGUGGUGGACGCUUCCUUGACUAUGGGGUAUACAGCUUUGAUGGUUGCUCUGUUUAUGGUUAUUGGAAUCAUAACGAGCGCAUAUAUAUUCUGGAAAGUGCGGGAGGACGGCAUUGCUGGCGAAGAGAUAGUGUUCAGCUACAAGGACUUCCGCAAGAUUAGCAUGUAUGGACCUACCAAUACUAAUGAUUUCUAAUUGAGGGUGGUCGAACACAAGGCUGUUGAAAUUUAUCUCCGUCAAGCAAAUGAAAGAUUAUAUUUUUGUCAUGAACUGUUUAUCGUCUUCAUACAUCCCACCAUACUACAGAACUAUGUUACUCAUUAGUGAUAUAGGUUUGGGCUACGUCUGGAAUUAGUUUCUAUGAUAAAAAAUGUUGGUGAAAACAUGAAAAUGAUUAUACAGAACGCCUUCAAUUUCACAGUGUGACGGAAGAAAAAUAUCGCGAAUUGAAAAUGGGUUUCUUAGAUAGUUGUUAGGUGUCAUGGAAAGAAUUUAAUUUUCUUUUACCGUUUAAAAAUGCUACGUUUUAAUUUUUUUUUGUAUUGUCACAUUUAUUAC